GGCUGUGUGUGAGAGAGAGAAUCUGAGGUGUGUUGCCAUUGCCAGCUAUGAAUUAGAAGGAUGAAAAGCUUUCCCAUGAGGGUCAAAGCUGUCAAAUUUUAAUUUCAAGGCCUUUUUUUUUUAUAGUUUUUUUCCCUUCCCUUUGUUUCACCUUAUAGCUACAUUUACACGAAAUCCACAUACUAAACACCCAUAUAAAAUCCUUCACUUGUUCUUCCUCUCUAUUCCGUGGCCGUAUUUAAAAAAACACUGUUUCUCUUCUCUGUACCUCCCCCUAUAUAUUCCUCCCCCUUUAUUAUUAGAGCACAGAAAGAAUUUCUGUGCCUGUUUUGAUUAGAAGGGAGGAGGGAGAAGAAGAAGAAGGGAGGGAAUAGAAAUUAACCCAGUGUUUGAUCAAUUUGUAUGGUUCAAGAUUGAACACAAAAAAUGGCGGUUACUACUCGCACUCUAUCUGCCACAGAAAAGAAACACUGGUGGCUUACCAACCGAAAGAUUGUCGAGAAAUACAUUAAGGAUGCAAGGAGCUUAAUAGCGACGCAAGAUCAGAGCGAGAUAGCUUCGGCUCUGAACCUUGUAGAUGCGGCACUGGCGAUUUCUCCGAGGUUUGACCAAGCGCUUGAGCUGAGAGCGAGGGCGUUGCUGUAUUUGCGGCGGUUCAAGGAGGUUGCGGAUAUGCUUCAGGACUACAUUCCGAGCCUGAGAAUGGGAAACGAUGACUCAUCAUCGUCUUCUUCUUCUUCUUCUUCUUCUUCUUCUUCUGACACCUCUUCUCAGCAGCUUUCGAGGGAGGGAGUGAAGCUUCUCUCUUCUUCCUCGGAGUCUCCGGUGAGGGAUCAUAGUUUCAAGUGCUUCUCUGUGUCUGACCUCAAGAAGAAGGUGAUGGCAGGGCUGUGUAAAACUUGCGACAAGGAAGGGCAAUGGAGAUACUUGGUGUUGGGUGAAGCAUGCUGCCACCUAGGCCUAAUGGAGGAUGCAAUGGUUCUUCUUCAAACAGGGAAACGCAUUGCAAGCGCGGCAUUCCGGCGCGAGAGUGUGUGCUGGUCUGAAGACAGCUUUUAUGUUACCAAUAUACCCUUCUCCGGAGAUUCCACAAACGCGCCACCCUCAACUCCGCCGCGAACCCUUCUCGCGGACUCCGAGAGCGUGGCCCAACUCCUCGGCCACAUUAAGUUCCUCCUCCGCCGCCGCGCCGCCGCACUCGCCGCCCUCGACGCCGGGCUCUACUCCGAGGCCAUCCGCCACUUCUCGAAAAUCGUCGACGGCCGGCGCAGCGCGCCGCAGAGCUUCCUCGCCGAAUGCUACAUGCACCGCGCCUCCGCGCACCGUUCCGCAGGGCGAAUCGCCGAGUCAAUUGCCGAUUGCAACCGCACCCUCGCAUUGGACCCCACUUGCAUCCAAGCACUCGAAACAAGAGCUUCACUCUUCGAAACAAUUCGCUGUUUACCAGAUUCUCUUCACGAUCUCGAACACUUGAAGCUUCUCUACAAUUCAAUCUUGCGUGAUCGCAAGCUUCCUGGUCCUGCGUGGAAGCGCCACAACGUGCGCUACAGAGAAAUUCCAGGGAAACUUUGCGCCCUCACUAUUAAAAUUCAGGAACUUAAACAGAGGUUGGCUUCUGGUGAAACUGGAAAUGUUGAUUACUAUGCUUUGAUUGGUGUCCGACGAGGUUGUUCCCGGUCGGAGUUGGAGAGGGCACACUUGUUGCUUUCCUUGAGGCAUAAGCCUGAUAAGGCAACUGGGUUCAUCGAAAGGUGCGAGCUUGCAGAUGAGCGUGAUGUUGAGUCUGUUAAAGAAAGGGUGAAAAUGUCUUCAUUGUUGUUAUAUAGAUUGGUUCAGAAGGGUUACACUAAUGUGAUGGGUAAUAUUAUGGAUGAGGAAGCUGCUGAGAAGCAGAGAAAGAAGGCUGCUUUGCAAGCUCUUGAAGCACAGAAAGAGAAAGCCAAUGAAGCUGCUGCUGAGUUGAAUAAGGUCGUUGAGAGUAAUAGUACUCAAAUGUCUCAAAAUAGGUCUAUGGUGUCUUCUUCUACGGUGAAUCCGGCGGUGUUUCAGGGUGUUUUCUGCCGUGAUCUUACGGUGGUGGGGAACUUGCUUUCUCAGGCGGGGUUUAACCGAUCCAUGCCGGUGAAGUAUGAAGCUUUGAGCUGUUGAUUGAAUCGAAGUUGGUCGGAAAUGGAAAUGUUUGGUGGGGGGCUGUUGGAGAUGGUACCAGCAGAGGGAAUCUCUGGUUCGUUCGUUCACUUUUGUUGUACAAAUUAUGCAAAGGAAAAAAAAAAAGAAAAAAUAUUUAGACUGCCGGAAAAUUUUGUCACCUUUUCCUUAUUUUAUCUUUCAUUAGCCAUCCUUUUAUUUCUAUCUCUCUAUCAGAUGUGUACAGAUUAUCAGUACUGAAUGAAGACUCUACUUUUGGAUUUUGGCUC